AUGGAGCACGACGUAAAUGGUAAAGUUGGUAAAAAACGUGAUUUAAGCUCCAAGCAAUAUUCGCUCUACGACGAUCCGGUACCUGGGUGCAGCUGGAUGGACCCUUACCAGUACCAAAACAUUAAUGAAGCUAGGAGCACUAAUUCCUCAGAUGAGUAUCUGAAAAUGGCAAUCCCUGAAUCCCUGAAGGAUAUGGAUGAUAGAGAAUGGUGUGGCCUAAACUCUGAUUAG